AUGUCUUCCUCCAGUACGGACGGACGGAAACUGGCCAAGGAAAUCCCCGGCCACAUCCGCAUCUACGACGACGGCACCGUGGAGCGCCUCCGCGACACCGACGUCGUCCCUCCCUCCAUCGACGCCGGCCCCGGCGGAGUCUCCACCAAGGACGUUGUCUACCUCCCCGAACUCAACCUCUCCGCCCGCCUCUACCUCCCUCAACACGGUGGGAACCGGAAACUGCCUCUGGUGAUCUACUUCCACGGCGGCGGCUUCUGCGUCGCCUCCGCCUUCUGCGCCAAGUACCACCGCUACGUGUACCGCAUGGCCGCCCAAGCCCAAGCCGUGGUCGUUUCCUUCGACUACAGGCUAGCCCCCGAGCACCCGAUCCCUGCGGCCUACGAGGAUUGCCGCAAGCUCCCGGUCGUGGUGUAUUACCACGGCGGAGCCUUCAUCGUGGCGUCGCCGGCUUUUCCCAUGUACCACCACUGUCUCAACCGCCUGGUCCGGGAAGCCAACGUUGUUGCCGUCUCCGUUGACUACAGGUUGGCUCCGGAGAACCCGCUCCCCGCCGCGUACGAGGAUUCCUGGGCCCCCCUCGAAUGGCUCGCCGGCGGCAAAGCUCACGAGCCGUGGCUCCGGGAGUACGCGGACUUCGAGAAAGUAUUCCUUGCCGAUCCUUCUUUGUUUGCAGGCGACAGCGCCGGCGCAAACAUAAUCCACCACUUGGCCCUUCGACGACGCCGGAUCAAAUUGGCGGUGGAAAUCCAGGGGCUGGUUAUGAUCCACCCGUACUUUUGGGGGAAAGAUCCAAUCGGGUCGGAGAAGGCAGACAAUGCGAGGAAGGCCAUGGUGGACAAUUGGUGGACGUUCGUCUGCCCCUCGAAGGAAGGCUGCGACGACCCUUAUAUCAAUCCGUUUGCGGGCGGAGCCCCGACGAGUGUGGAGGAGCUGGGAUGCCGGCGAGUGGUUAUUUUCGUGGCGGAGAGCGACAUUCUGUGCGGCAUAGGGAAGGCUUACUAUCGUAGUUUAGUGAAAAGUGAGGGGCAUAAUUGUAAAUCGAGAGUUGAGCUCAGGGAAACGAAAGGAGAGGAUCAUAUUUUCCAUCUUUAUGAUCCGGAUUGUGAAGCUGCUGCGGAAUUGUUCGAAAAUUGGGCUUUCUUCAUCAACCGCGAAUAA